GCGAGUACCUGUCAAACAGUCUCCGGUUCUCCCCGGUGCUUUGCCGAAACGCCGGUCGGCUUCAGCCUCACAGGGACUCACGGCAGUCGUUGUCCCAACUAUCACCCGUGACCCGGGGAAUAUUUAAACGGGACCUCACGGUAAAGGACCGAGCACCGGCACACAAAGCGUUUGGUUUUAACCCCGGGGGAUUUAUUCCCCUCCGCAGCGGACUGCAUUGCAACGGACCGGAGCCGUAUGAAAUGAAAGUCGGACGUGGAUCCAGGCUGACGGAACAACAGGAGAAGAGGAGCCUGUAUUUGGGGGUUGAAUGCCAGUCUGACCUACAUACCGCAGAACUGAAUGGACCCUCCUUCAGGACCUCUCUGCUGUGUGGAAUCAUCUUGCUGACUGACGUCCUGUGUAACCUUGUAACACAGUAAUAAGUGACCUUCAUUUUUAUUUGCUGCUGCAGAUCUGUCCAAAGCAAGACAUGUCAAUGUGGAUGUGACUGAAGAAGGAGAUGCAAACCAUGCCUUAUGCUAAGAAGGGAACAUGAUAUAAACAGCAUGAAUAUCAUUGCAUGCUGACGUUUUUAUAGGGCUCUAGGGUCAAGAGGAAGCGAAACAUAUCAAAGCAGUUGGCCUGAGAAUUCUCUUUGCUGAACUCUGCCCUGCCGUUUUCUCACGGGACACCGCUAGAAUAUACACCAUAUCUUCUAUUUGGAUAAGCCUACAGCUCAUGGGGCCCACAGUGGAGCUGGGGUCAAAGGUCGACAGAAGAGCAGGGCUGAAAUGUCUUUCAAACCAGAGCAGCCGGCAGAUGCCUUAUCCACACGUAAGCAUGGUGAUCAUUAACUGCUGUAAUCAGCCGACAGUUAAGCAAUAAAACCUUCAGUGCUGUGCAGGAAAGCACCGAUUAAAUUAAACACUUUCUGCUGUCAGAGACAUUAACUGUUGCCAGUAUGCUUCUAAACUGUGGCCAGUCAAUGCCUCUUCUGAGGCACACGGAUGUGCCAUCUCGGGUCAAAGAAAACUUCAUCUUGACCGGCUACCGCUUCCCAAACUACAGCGUGAAGGAUUGCUUACUGUCAGCAUUCAGGCCUACCAAUGAGACAGGCAACUUCUGGACACACUUCCUGCCAGUUUUUAUCUUUGCAUAUUAUUUCGUGGAGGUAUUUGGUUGGGAAGGUGCGCCACAUGCCGACUCCCCGUUCUUCUAUCCACUGUGGAACUACUUUAUUGGGGUCUUCUGUCUGUUAAUGGCUAGCAGCAUGGCCCACCUGCUCAACUCAAUGUCUCUGGUGGUGAGGGAAGUCUGCUUCUUUGUGGAUUACGGCACCAUCAGUUCCUACACAGUUGGCUCGUCUUUGGCGUACUACUACUACAUCCACCCUCGAGCAGGUAUAGUGGAGACAGGAGGCAACAAUGGCUCCCAAACGGACUUGAAAGAGGAGCCUGCAGGCUCUCUAUCCUAUGCAAUCCCAGACUUCUGUGUGUUUUUUGAGAGCUUCUACAUCCCUUCUGCAUGUCUUGUCGCGAUCAUUUGCGUCUUGUCUUGCUGCAAUACUCGACAGAGGUGGAGGCGGCAUCGAUACCUCAUCCGAACCUUCGUUUUCCUCCUGCCGUUCCUCGUCUCUUCCACGCCCAUUUUCUACCGCCUCCUCACCAGAUCACCUUACUCCACCACCUCCUCGUCCUUUGCGGCUUCCACCUCUACAGCCGGCUUCUUCUAUCGCCACUGCUUCUGGCUGCUGGUCUCAGCGGUGUUCAACAUCAGUAAGAUCCCCGAGCGCAUGGCCCCGGGGCGCUUCGACAUCUGGGGCCACAGCCACCAGUGGUUCCACUGCUGCACCUUUCUGUCCAUCCUGGACGAGCUCCACCUGAUCAAGGCCGAGGUGAAGGCCAUCCUGCUCAGCCCGACUCUGCUGCUGCCCCCUGCCACCCUCGCCCCCCUACCUGGACCUACCAUUACUUCAACCUAUGGGGUGAUGCUCCUCCUCCAGACUACCAUCAUCUCCAUCAUCGUGUGGUUCUCCUGGCAUGCCAACUGCAUUUUCGGACCCGAGAGAGACAAGCUAGCAAAGGAACACCCCAGGGAACAUCUCAAAUGCCACUGAACAUUUCCUGUCCUGAAUUUAAAUCCCUCAUAUGUUCCAACCCCUUUAAGAGUGAUUUUCAGGCUUUAAUAGACAGAAAUCAGGGACAACGAGAGAUGAGAGGAUUAUAUUCUGAGCUCACCACAUGGUGGCUGUCUGGUUGAGUGGAUAUUGAAGGACGUUGCCAGUUCUUUCCCCUGAGCUGCUCCUGCAUGUUCCAACAGGAUGUGUGAGCAGUGGCGAUAAUGACUACCCCUAGGGAGUGCACUGUACACAGGAAAGGUGUUGUACCCAGCAGAACAUUUUCCAAAUAACACUUGGUAAUGUGGUUUAAAUGUCAUUUACAGAAGUUGCUUAUGUGCAGUCCAGUAGUUCCUCCUGUUCCACUUCCCCUAACCUUGAACAGCAUAUUUCAAGAAGGCCUGCACUAUGGUUGCAGUUUAACCCGCUGUUAUACAUUGUAUUAGGCUCAAUUGGCUUCUGGUGACCACACCUUCUCUUCCUCUUCCUUCCAUGAACGCUCGCACGCACUCUCAUUUCCUCUCCUUUCCUCUCCUUUCAAGUGACCCUUGCAGCAGGAAGCGCGGUGGCCUUGAUGACGCAACAGAAAUAACUGAGAGCUUAUAUCAGUCUUACAGUAAAGCACUUUCAAACCCGCUUUGUCAUUAAGAAGCCAUGCUCGCUUUUAACUUUAAAGAACGUGUAUAAUUACUGAAGCAGGAAAUUAUGUCUUGCUGAUGUGUUUUGUUUAUUUAAAUGUGUAGUGUUUAUAUAAUGCGAUGACUAUAUAAUAGAUGAUGUUCAAACGUGUGUUCUUGUUCAGAUUAAAUGCCAUGUCAAUCUGAAUUGUCAGUAUAAAAGCGUUCUCGACCUGGUACUCAAUCUGAACAUUCACAUGUCUAACAUUCAAAAAGAUUUCUAAGCAGUAGCUCCAUUUCAAACGCCUGCUUUGAGAUAUUUUUGGACAACGUAAGCAGAGAUUUCUUUUUAUGUCGUCUAAUGACUGCAGCCUUUCUGAGCAGAAGCCAUAUUGGAACAGUGACAGUCCUACAUCAGGAACUUCCUGGUUGGAUCUGCACUCGACAGUUAGAUCAGGUAAAUAACAGUUUGCACAUUUCAUUUAUUACGAAAACCUUCGAGUCAAAGAGCUAAGCAUCUGUUUUCCUACAAAUAUUGUAUACACCAGGCAAUCUUUAAAAAACCCAGUCUUUUUUUGUAUUUUCUGAAUAUAUUUUAGUGACUCUUCUUUUUAGUUAUGCACCCAAUUAAAAAGUAAAAAUGUCCUUGCUCAAUUCGAUAACCAAAAUUGAAAGUUAAUUCACAGGUUAGGGCUGCUCAAUUCAUCGUAUUUUAAUCGCAAUUACGAUUUUGGCUUGCAACGAUUAUGAAAACAACA